GUGUAAUGAAGGACGCAUUCAACCCUAACAACUCCUGGAAGAAUAGAGAAGGAGCAGGACUGCCUUUUGAUUUCAAUCGUGUCCCACUAAGUAAAGGGAGUAUGGGUAACACUUACAUCAAUGCCAGCUUUGUUGGAUGUUUAGGUAGAACUGCCGAGUACGUACUAACACAGCAUCCGCUGGCUGACACUUCAAUGGACUUUUGGAAGAUGAUGCUGGAGAGACAUGUGAACGUACUCGUGGUACUAGGAUCAGUUGAAGAAGAGGAUGAGUAUUGGCCGGACAGUGAGCCACUGGAGUGGUAUGAAGAAGACAUCACUGUUACGCUAACUGAUAGAGACGAAUUUAAAAAUAUUAAAGCUUCUAAUUUAGAAAUUGAGUCGGACAUGAAUGAGAGUCAUCAAGCAUUGACAAUGUUCCAAAUAUCAAACUGGCCAUCGGAUGGAACUACUCCUAAUGAUCAUUUCACAAUUAUUGAAUUGAUUGAAAAUAUUCAUGAAAUAAAGACUGGGCUGGUUGCUGUACACACUGCUGCUGGGUGA